AUGGCAGGCGAUGGAGAAUUCGAGCGAGUCCCUCGCCCCGAUAACUACCCUCACGGGCCCGAGUUCCAGCCGCGCACGCUGCACCAGAGGUUGCAAGGGAAAUGGUGGUACCGCGUGCCUCCCAACCACAGCAAACCCAUCUACCAAUUUCUGAGCAUUGGCCUUGGUGCAUCGAUGUGGUUCUGGGUAAACUUCCUUGUCAUCACGAAUCCUGCGUAUCCCGGACAAGUAUCGGCCCGUACAACAGAAGGGCGUCAUCAUCAGGCAUCAUUCAUCAGGUCUGAAGCCAGGCCGCGAUUCGCGUCAGAACAACAGUCAGGCGCAUCUUGA